AAUCGCGUCCACGACUUCUCUCUCUAUAAAUAAAAAUAGCUUGCGGGAAGAAAAUAACAUUUCUGUUUUCGGAAGGAAUCUUCGUCUCUUUUUCCUCCGAGAACUCAGAUCUUAGUGCUCGAGUUUAACUGGAACUUCCGACAGUUGGGAGAUUGAGAGCUGCUAAUUUUGUUGAAUAUUAUUUUAGAAUUUGUGGGUACUUUUGGAGAAUUGCUGGUCCGGUUAGGGCUGGCUUCAACAAUCCAACCACGGCUCUAAGCAAAGAACCCCGCAUUAUAAUUAGAAGGGGAAGAGAAUGUUCGCAGGGUUUUCCUAAGUUUUUGCUUGCGUCCCCUUCUUUCCACGGUGGUCGGGGUGCCCUACCAUCGGCUGGUGGGCAUCCUUCGGAUCUGACAUAUCUUGCUGGUGGUGGUGCUGAAGUCUGAGUGCAAGUAUAUUGUGUAGGUUAUUAUUAUAGUGAGUGUGCUUAAACAAUUUGGAAGUAUGGUGUCAUUUAAGCAGCUUGAUGGUGAAUACCUUCUUGUCAAGUCAAAUAUUGGGUCGGAGCAGUCUAAGUGCCACCAGAUGCCUCCCAGAGAGAAUUGGUGUCUGUCAGGUAUCAAGACACAUCUUUACCUGAUUGGUAAUUCUACUGAAGGCAAUUGUGUCUCUGCUGAUGAGGGCUUACUAGAUGCUCUCCUCCUUUCUGAGUGGGAAGAUUGUUCAUGGAAAGGUCUGCUCAAAUAUGAUGUGACAAUGUGUGAAACAAAGAUCAUUGGGGGUGAAAAGGAGUUGCUUGCUCAGUUGAAUGAUAAAUGGAACUCAAGCUUCCCUGCUGAGUUUGAGAAAAAUACCCUCCAGCCAUUAGGACCUGGGAAGCCAACUCAUAUGAAAAUUCUCAGGGAGAAUCUUCUAUUUUGCAUUGCAAGUGGAGAAAAGGAGAGUUGUCAAAGUCAACUUAUUCCUUCGGCUGCAAUUCCUAUGGAUGGAUUCUUGAUUCUGGUUAAUGUGAAUCCUGUCGAGUAUGGGCACAUCUUUUUGGUUCCUUAUGGUACCAAGCGAAGGCCAGAGUUUUUGCACAAGGAGAUGUUCUAUUUGAUUUCACGGUUUGCAAAGGAAAUCAGUAAUUGCUCCCUAAAGGUCUUUUUUGAGCACAGUUCUUCGACAACUCCAGAUUAUGCAUAUUUCCAGGCUGCUUACUUUGCAAACCCUUUACCAGUGGAACUUCUUCCAGUUAUCACUGUAUAUGACUGCAAGGAUAACAAAGGAGUAACCAUAUCUGAGCUUGCAGAUUAUCCUCUUAAGACAUUGCUGUUUACAAGCCAGAACUUGGAAUCACUUGUUGGAUUAGUAGCAGAAAUAUGCUCUAUUUUACAGAAAGACAACAAUGUCGUGUUCAACUUACUGGUCUCUGAUUGUGCUACAAAGGUGUUCCUGUUUCCUCAGGUUCAUCUUCCAGCGGCUGGAAGCCACCUCUCAACCUGGGAAUGUGGAGGCUAUUUUAUCUACAACAAAAGAUCCGAAUUUGACAGUGCCUCAGAGGCAGAAUUAUCUGAACGAUUGGCUGCGGCAUCUCUCGAUGACCAAGGGUUCCACGCCCUGAAACAGCUUUGCUGUAGUGUUGCUGUGAAAAUUGCACCCUGAUUCGGUGCAGGUACGAAUCAGUGUGUGAAAUAAACUAGUAUGUGAGCAUUAUGAUGCCCUCGAUGUAAGAUUUUAACUAAACUUGGAAUGCAUUAUUGCUACUGAGAUGCUUCAGAGUGUAAAUAUCCUAUCAAAUUUGCACCCUUAUCUGGUGCAAAGUAUGAAUGGAAGUGUGAAAUAAAUAGCGUACGAGUAUCCUGAUGUCCGUCAGACUGUAAGAUUUAAAGUUUAAACUGAAAUAGGAAGGCAUUACUACUACUGAGAUACUUCAAAGGGUGACUAUCCUCUCAUGACUUGUACUGUUUUUCAGUCUUGGCUGUUAGCUCUUAUAUACUGGAAAUUUGGAAUAUAGUUAUUGUCUUUAAAUUC